GUGACAAACGUGAAAAACAAAACUAAUUUGUGAAACUUUUUAGCUAAAAUGGGAAAAACUAAACGUGCCAAGCCCUCGGAGGUCGUCAACAAAGUGCCUUUGGAGCAGGACAUUUACAAUAGCAAAUUCACCAAAGCCAAAGAACGACACAAGUUGAGGUUACGUCAAGAGGAAGAACAGUUUGUAGACUCAAAUCUAUCAAAGAAAAUUCUGUCGGCUGCUAGAGAGCAACAACGAGAAUUGGACGAUGCCUUACCAGGCUCCUCCCACCCAAAAACCACUAGACUCGGAAAUGAAGAUCAGAGUGACUCAGAAGAAGAAGAUCUUGAGCCUGAUACCUUCUACGAAAACCUGGAAAUCAAUGAAGACGAUGAAAAAGCAAUGGAAAUGUUCAUGAGCUCAAACCCUUUACCCAAAAGAACCUUGGCAGACAUAAUAAUGGAAAAAAUCACCGAAAAACACACUGAACUGGACACUCAUUUCAGCGAAGCGGGUUCAGUGCAAAUGCAAGACUUGGAUCCAAGAGUUAAAGCUAUGUAUGAAGGUGUUAGAGAUGUUUUGCGCAAAUACCGCAGCGGCAAACUACCAAAGGCCUUCAAAAUCAUCCCAAGUCUCAGAAAUUGGGAACAAAUUCUCUACAUAACUGAUCCACCUAGUUGGUCCGCUGCAGCAAUGUACCAAGGCACUAGAUACUUUGCCUCUAACCUCAAAGAGAAAAUGUCUCAGAGGUUUUUCAAUUUGGUAUUGUUGCCUAGAAUCCGAGACGACUUGGCCGAGUAUAAAAGGUUGAAUUUCCACUUGUAUCAAGCCUUGAGGAAGGCCCUCUACAAGCCUGGAGGUUUUAUGAAAGGGUUUUUGUUGCCCCUAUUGGAAUCUGGAAAUUGUACUUUGCGCGAAGCUAUCAUAGUAGGCUCAGUUAUUGCCAGGAAUUCUAUACCGAUUUUGCAUUCUUCUGCUGCCAUGUUGAAAAUCGCUGAGAUGGAUUAUACAGGGGCGAAUUCUAUAUUUUUGAGGAUAUUUUUGGAUAAGAAAUAUGCUUUGCCUUAUAGGGUCGUUGAUGCUUUGGUUUUCCACUUUUUAAGAUUUGAAAGAGAUCCGCGUGAACUUCCUGUACUAUGGCACCAAGCCUUUUUGACGUUUGUCCAACGAUACAAAGCUGACAUUUCGUCGGAGCAACGCGACGCCCUCUUGGAACUUCUCAAAAAGCAAAAUCACCACACAAUAACGGCAGAAAUACGACGGGAAUUGCAGCAUGCCAAGUGUCGCGACGCCGAAGACGCCAAUAACAUAGAAGAUUGAUUGUCAUAAAUAAUAAUGAAACGAGUUUUACUUUUAAUAAAAACACACUUUGACAACAUUGCU